AUGAAGCACGGGUACAUUGGUGAAUUCGAAAUUGUUGAUGAUCACAGAGCUGGUAAAAUUGUAGUAAACCUAACAGGCAGGUUGAACAAAUGCGGGGUAAUUUCUCCUCGUUUUGAUGUACCCAUCAAUGAUAUUGAAAGGUGGACUAACCUGCUUCCCUCUCGACAGUUCGGAUACUUAGUUCUUACAACAAGUGGUGGUAUAAUGGAUCAUGAAGAAGCCAGAAGGAAACAUUUGGGAGGAAAAAUUUUAGGCUUCUUUUUC